AUGUCCCCAGGCCAAAUGGGGUAUCCAUUUCAGACUGCUUCGUUUACAGCUAGUGCCAAUGAAUAAUCCAACUCCAAGGAUUAAAGAAUGAAUUUCGGAUUACCUGAAAUUGAUGGUAGUUACAGUACUCAUGGAGGACUGAAUGGAUAAUCCCUUGCUGAAAAGGUAGAGUAGCAAAGAAAAAUGUCUGCUUCAAUGUGUGGGAAGUGGAACAAAGUGGAGAUCUAAACUAAUACUCAAAGCAUGAUGGGUAGAAGUACAUAGUAAAGUUGGAAUUCCCUUUAUAACGUUCCAAAAAAUCACAUUUUAAAGAAGAUGCGAUGGAAUUUUUUGAAGGAAUCCAAUUACGAUAAAAAACUUUUAAAAAGCAACAUUUAUCAUAAUAGAAAUAGGAGCAUGCAGGAAUUCAGUGAUCCUCUAGAUGAUGAGUUAAUGGAGGCUUAUGAAUUCAUUGAGGACCCUUCUGCAUUCGAUUUCUAGACUAAUGACUACAGAGAUAAAGAUAUUGAUUUCCAAAAUAUGAUUGAGGAAGCUCUGCGUAUUGAUGAUGGGCGUAAUCACCUGGCUGAAAGUCCCACCUUUAUACUGAAGAAAAGACGAAGUUAAGUGCAAGAAAAAGGUGGUGGGGAGGAAGUUAACAUACAAUCAAUGAAUCGUAGCAAGAUCGUGGAGUCUAAUAUUCCUUUGGAGGCAUUGUAUAAUCCUUAGAUUGAGUCUAUAAAACAGUUCGAGCACUAUAACUAGUUAAAUCCAUAACCUGUCUGCAUGUAGAUAUACCAUGGCUAUGACGGCAAUAAGGAGCACAGUCUUAUUAGAUUUAUGAACGACGAACUAGGUAUCAUCCUUGAUCACAUAUACAACAGCACAAAGACUAAGCUACACUACAAGUCCUUCAAGGAAUAGCAUGGAAUUAAGAAGAGAAAAAAGAGAUAGAGCUCAGAUAAGUUCAAUAGCUCAGUGUUCUUAAUGUAAGUCGGACUGCUUAAUGAAUAAAAUAAUCAGAUAGACUCCAAUAUGCUACUCAGAGAAAAUUUCUAGCUAAGUAAGCAAGCAACUAAGAGCUUUGAGAGAAAGAUUACUUUAAUGAAAAAAUCUAAUAUAAUGAAUAUACCUGCUAGAUAACUACCAACUAAAGUAAAAUCAAAUAAAUUGACAUAGUAAUCGAAGAAACGAAAAAACAGUGAUCUACUUGAAGAAGAAGAUGAUUCUUCAGAUAUAUCUAUUAAUCUAAGUGAAAUGAUGUCUGAUGAUGACUAUGAGGAACCCAGGUUGGUUAAAGUUGUAAAAGAAUUCACUGAUAAAACCACUGAGAAAUUUAAGCAUGAAAAUUUCGAAUCUAAACAAGAACGAGAUGAGAAGAUAAAACAAGAGUUAUGUGAUAAAUAUGAACUUAAAGUAAUCAAGCCUAACAUGCAUUAUCUUAUCAAUAAAGAUAAAAAAUACCAGAAUGUCAAACCUUCACAGGUAAACUCUCUAAGAGAACCACAUAAAGAUCACUAAAAGCAGCUAUAUAUAAGGGAAGCACACCAGUUGAACAGAAUUAUGGCUAAAAAGGAUUAUGCUAAGUAUUACAUAAACCCUGAGUUGCUCGGUAAGAAUUAUAAUGAUAUUCGAGAAAGAUAGAACUAUGAGUUACAAAAGAUGGAUCUUUCUUAAAAUUAGCAAGAAAUUUUCUUCUAGAAUUUGAGAGCCUAUCGAAAAAAGUAGCAAAAUAUUGAGUUUAAGAGAAUGAAUAACAUCAACGAGAGAGUCAAGUCCUAAUUAUUUAGGAAAAAGAGCAUUCUUGUUGCUGAAAUAGCACUGGAUUCUGACUAAAAGAAGGAGGAAAACAAAAGCUAUUCCCAGGUUGUUAGCUAAAUAAAAAACUAUGAGAAAAAAAUUAACGGGUAUCUCAAUGUUUCUAAUGUAUACCCGGAAAAAUAAAAGGAGACAGAGAUGCCUAAAAUUAACCUAUAGAAAUAAUAGCUUCAAAAUAAGAGUAAAAGUACAAAAACAUCUCCUAGAUAGUAUAAAUUCAUGAUUAAUGAAAUAAGUGCUUUUGAUAAGAGUUUAUUGGGAAAUUUGGUUAAAAGGGUUGAGAUGAAUACUAAGCUUACUGAAGAUCAAAUUGAAAACAUUAAAUAGAAGACUCAGUUAUUUGAAACUAAUCUUAAAAACAUUAUCAAAGAGGUUUGA